GAUCCAAGUAAUAAGUAGGACGGCGGUGAUUUGCAAACAUUUACCUCCCAUCCAGUCACUAUGGUUAAGCAGGAUGACCAGAUUCCUUAUGCGCGAAUCAAUACGGCAAAGCUUGAGGGUCUUUCUCCAGCACCUUUAUCUGCCUCCAAGAUUCCUGGGCACAUGUUGAGGGUUGGCAUCCGAGCGGGUUUGCUGGGAUUCAGCAUUCGUGCUGGCAUUGGGUUUCUACUAAGGCUUGUGAGAGUUGCGAAGGGAAAAGCCACCCUGGUGGACAGCAUAAGACGUACGCUGACUUCCAAAGAGCUCCGUCUAUUUGCGUACUUCUUUGCAUCCUUUGGUGCCGUAUGGAAGGGUGUGAACGAUACUCUUCGAUUGUUGAGGGGAGUGGACGACAAGUUGAAUGGAUUUGUUGCGGGAGCUUGUGCGGGCGUCAGUUUGGCAUUCGAGGAGAAAGGACGGAGAGUGGCCAUCGCACAGCAGUUUCUGGUCCGAGGUCUUCAAUGUGUUUUCAGCGGAUUGAAGGCACGGAAUCUCUUUCAUCUUCCUAACGGCGACAGUUUAAUAUUUGCUCUUGCUUCUGCCCAAAUCAUGUACGCCUAUUCGCUCCACCCUAGUACGAUCCCCAAAUCAUUUUACAAGUUCAUCUUAACCACUGGACCUAUACCGGAGCGUGUUCUCCAAUAUGUUCGGAUGAAUAACGCAGGCGAUGCUCUUGAUGUGGGCGACGUGGUCCAAACCAUCCAGAAGCAUCACGCUACUGUGCAGGCCGUUGAUGAGGUUAUGCGGAUGGGAGCGCUUCCGAAAGCGAUUCCAUGCACAGUAUUGCAUCCUUGGACGCAAGCCUGUAACUUAAACAGUGCAUGGGUAUUCAAAAAGGUUUUUAAGAAAAUCCUUCCCGUAUACCUGACCUUGACCUUUGUACCGAUGGCAUUGCUCAAAUUGAAAGAGUUUAUCCGACAACCAGUACCUCUAGGUCGUCGUGCCCUCUCCAAUGCUCUGCGUAGCUCGAUAUUCUUGUCCGUUUUUGUAUCCUCCUACCAGUGGCUUAUCUGCGGACAAAGAAACCUGAUCAAGCUCAAUUUCCUGUCGGGAGACCACAAACUGGCAUACUGGAUUAUAGGUGCACUGGCAUCUUUGUCUAUUUUCAUUGAAGAUGGGAAGCGGAGGGCAGAAUUGGCUAUGUACGUCCUCCCCCGCGGAGUGGACUCGUUGUAUCGUGUUCUAAGACAUCGAGAUUUGGUGCCAAAGAUCAAAUAUUUCGAAAUAUUUAUGUUUUCCAUGGGAAUGGGAAUGAUUAUCUCGUUCCUCCAAACGGAACCCCAAGCGAUGGGUGGUAUGUUAUAUCGCUUGCUUAGGCGAGUGAAUCUGGCCGUUGAGGACAAAGACAGAGGACAAUUACCUGAAGUGAAAAAAGAGUACGUUGAAGUGAAGAAAGAGACGGUAGAGCGGCGACUACCGACAGAUAAACGUUGAGAUCCUUAGAGAAAUACAGCAUCUGAACAGGGGUCAGAUUGUGAACCAUGUGAAUGAUCUUGGCCGUAUACGUCUUGGUAGCUUUCAGCGCCAUAAUCCCAUGUUCGGGAUUCACUUGUUGAUGACAUACUGCGCGUCAAAGCAAGAUAAAGUACAAACGAAAUAUACCACAAGGUUCUAUAUUCCAC